AUGAGACUGUGGACUUUACUUGUCAUUUUCCCGGUGAUGUGCGAGUCUUCUUUUCUUUUAACCGAAACGUCCCGAAGCAAAGAUCCAGCUGUGGAGAACAGCUGCUCCGGCCGAGCCUGCAACCCUCGCAUGGGCAACCUGUCCCCGGGCAGAGUGCUGAAGACCCGCUCCACCUGCGGCUCCAACUCCUCGGAGCCUUUCUGCUUCUACAAACAGACCUCUGACCCCCGCAGGAGGGGAGAGUCCUGCUCCCCGGCCACAUGCACCAAGUGCAACUCCGCCAUCCCGGCUCAGGCGCACCCUCCCUCCGCCAUGAGCGACUCCUGGUUCCUCCACCCGGACUCCUGGUGGCAGUCUGCAGAGGGGCCGGAGGAGGAGACGCUCCAGCUGGAUCUGGAGACCGAGUUCCUCUUCACCCAUCUCAUCGUGGUGUUCCGCUCCCCCCGCCCCGCUGCCAUGCUGCUGGAGCGCUCCCAGGACCACGGGCGCACAUGGAAGACCCUCAGGUUCUACGCCAGGGACUGUGAGGAGGUGUUCGGCCUGCCAGAGGCGUCACCGGCCGGGGAGAGAGGGGCCCCGUGCACCUCCAAGUACUCUGCAGCUUUUCCUUGUACCAGAGGAGAGGUGAUCUAUCGAGCCUUGCCUCCCUGGCAGUCAGUGGAUCCAUAUGGACCAUCUGCUCAGGACCAGCUCAUGAUCACCAACCUGAGAGUCCGCCUGCUGCAGCGCCAGCCGUGUCCCUGCCAGGCCAAACAUCCCGGUGCUGCUGCACUCCACACCGACCACUACGCCAUUUAUGAUUUCAUUGUCAAAGGCAGCUGCCUCUGCAAUGGACACGCUGACCACUGUGUUCCAGCCAGGAGCUACCAAACCAGCCAGCAGAGGACAAGUAACAUGGUCCAUGGUAAGUGUGUGUGCCGACACAACACGGCCGGGGACCACUGUGAGCGCUGUGCACCUCUCCACAAUGAUCAGCCCUGGCAGGCGGCCAACGGCCUCACAGGGACGCCACACGAGUGCCAGAGGUGCAAGUGUAACGGCCACGCCAGGAGCUGCCACUUCAGCCGUGUGUUGUGGCUGGCCACAGGACGGCAGAGCGGCGGCGUGUGUGACAGCUGCCGCCACAACACAGAGGGCCGCCACUGCCAGAACUGCAAGACGGGUUACUACAGAGACCCCACUCGUCGAAAAACGGCCCCUGACUCCUGCAAACCCUGUUCCUGCCACCCUGUCGGCGCCGUCCUCUCGGGGGGGAGCCCUCUCUGCAACCCUACCAGCGGGGACUGCACUUGCAAGCCUGGCGUCGGCGGCCCCCGCUGUGACAGUUGCAUGAUGGGAUACUGGGGGCUGCACGAAUACGGCUGCCGCCCAUGCGACUGCACCGGGGACUGUGACCCCUACACCGGUGACUGCGUUUCUGGCUCAGACUUGGAGGUCUUCUAUACAGUCACUGGCCACAUGGGACACAGCAGCAGUAAUAGUGAGACGGCACUCUUUAGGGCAGAGGAGCUUUUCUCUGCACUGCACCACUCUGAGAAAUGUGAAUGUGUUGAAGUAACGCUCGGCAGCCCCAAACUCUUCUGUGCUGCAGAGUACGACUAUGUGCUGGUCGUGAAGGUGAUGUCGGCUCAUGACAAAGGCUCCCACGCCGAGGUGGAGGUCAAAGUGAAGAAAGUCCUGCACCAGAGUCGUCAGAUGAAGAUCCAGAGGAAGAGCAUCACCCUCUACCCAGAGUCCUGGACCACCCACGGCUGCACAUGUCCCAUCCUCAACCCAGGAUCAGAGUACGUAGUGGCGGGACACGAGGACUGGAAGACCGGCCGACUGCUGGUCAACACCAAGAGUCUCGUUAAACCGUGGAAGUCGAGCCUGGGACGCAAAAUGCUCCACAUCCUCAGGAAAGUCUGCGGCCGCCGAUAG